UAUUCGCCUUCUCUGGCUUGAAUGGCUUCGCUGGUCUAGGUUUGACCCCCUCCAUUUGGUUCUGGCUUCUCUUUUUGGAAACCCUGCUGUGCGCUCGGACGCGAAAUCCGACCAAUCCUGAGGCUCUCGCUGACGAUCGUCGGGAAUUGGGCGCGCGAACAAAAGUAGCUGGCCGGGAAACCACGAGAUUACGGAAAGGGCGCUCAGAGGGAUCCCGUCAGCGAGAAUGAAGGAAAUGGCGACGGCGCCGCCUCAAAAGCCAUCGGACGGAUUGAGGCUCUUGCUUGGCUUUCAAGAGGACUUCAGUUGACGUUGGGUUAUAAGCUCAGUUGGACGCGCCCGAGGUCCCGGCCAGAGUCUGUUGAAUAAUAGGCCUGAUUUGAAGAAGUCACAAAGGAUCGAUUGCUACGAGCAUCGGUGUUGUUAUUGCCAUUACUUUCAUGAUUAUUAUUUAAGAUAAUAAUAUUCUGCCACCUCAAGUUCGUUGUCUUCUGUGCUCAUCAUCUUUCAUUGAGUGUCUUAUCAAACUGUAAACAGUGGAGAUAGUUCGAGAAUUCAAGAAGCAAGUGCAUCAUCAACAUCAGGCUCUUCAUCAUCAUCAUCAUAAUUAUCAUCAUCACAGAUUGCUUCUUAUGACCUGCUCCGGGCAGUCACGGUCAAUAGAGUGAUUAUCGCUAAUCAAACAGAUUAGCAGCCUCAGCGCCAACGUCAUAGCUGUCGGCGUCCUUGCCGUAGUUGUUGUCAUCCUCAACGACGUGGUCGUCGGGGUCACUGUUGUUGUUGAUCCUCAUCAUUAUUAUCAUCAUUGUCUUCGACUUGUCCUUCCAUUUGACAUAAUUUGACACGGAUUUAUGGUGUGAAGUGCCUAGCGCCUACGACAGUGCCCUCCGUUCCGAGAGGCGUGUGUCAGGCGUUGCUUUUCGCUUGAACCCUUUGAAUCCUUGGGAUUCUUUCAGUGUUUGAUCAUCACCAUCACGCUGAACUUUGGUGAUCUCGCCGGCCCCCCAUACACCUCGGGUGGGGGGUCGCCUUCGGACAAUGAAUCCGGAACUUCUCAGCCGAGUUCGGAACAGAUGAAGUCCAUCAUGGACUUGCAGAACCGAGCGGGCUACGGCAUAUACGGCAAUUUCAACCCCGGUGGCCAUGGAGACUCUCCGGGCCUUACCGGGAAUCGAUAUCCUUUUCCCUACCCAGGGAUGACUGGUCAGAAUUCCUAUGCGGGGUACCACCACCUUGGCUACCCUGGCAGCGCCUCUCCCGGACGAGAUGGUAUUUUUGCAGACGAUAUUAAAGAGUCCAUUGAGAACGGAGAGCUUACACGGGUCAAUAGUAAAGGGAAGAAGAUGCGCAAGCCAAGAACAAUCUACUCAUCCCUCCAAAUCCAGCAAUUGGAACGACGCUUCCAGCGAACACAGUACCUCGCUCUGCCCGAACGAGCUGAACUCGCGAGUACCCUCGGACUGACCCAAACACAGGUGAAGAUUUGGUUCCAAAACCGUCGCUCCAAGUACAAGAAGCUCAUGAAGACUGGUCCGGGUGGUCCGAACAAUAUGCUUUCAGGUAGCCAGCCUCUACCCGGGGGCUCUCCUCCUCCCGGAGGCGAGUCGCCCAUGAUGUCUCAUACCCCAACCUCACAAGGCCAAAUGUCCCCAUCGGGCUUGAGUGUGGGUCAGUCGCACAUACCCCCGAGCAACCACAGCCCGUCGAGUGCUCACAACCAACAACAGCAGCAGCAACAGCAGCAACAACACCCCCAGCAACACCUCCACCAUCAUCAGCAUCACGGCUAUGGAGUCAUCCCUCAGCCCACCCCUAGCCCAGGUGACAUGUCGCCGCACAUGCAGCCUUCAGGGAGUCCGCCAGUGUCACACGGAGUUCACCACCAUUGGGGUCACCCCCAGCAGGAUAUCAAGCCUCCCCCCAUGCAACCUGGAAUGUUCCAGCAGUACUCAUGGUAUCAAACAGCAGACAACACGAUGAAUCAGGGGCAAGGCCUACUUACAUAGCCAUCAACUAGGCACACUCGCGGAGAGAGUAUGUAGAACGGGAAAGGAUACUCGUACAUCAGCAAACUGAUGGUUGGUCCGCCCACCUAUAUGCUUGUUGACCGCCCACGCGCCCCUCUCUCUCAGCCUGCCUGCUUGCCUGUCCAAAGUUCUUAUUCUGUUGUUUAUUGUUGUAAUCUGUGAUCAAGAGCCUUGGAACAAGAACAUGACGACGAGGAUGAUGAUGAUGAAAACAAAAUGCCAGAUACAAAGAAUUGAUAUCAAUUGUCGGUCUACACACACUUAGUUCAAGCUCAGACAACAACGUUCAUGGGUGUGUCCCGCGGCUCAAGACAACAGUCAUUUGGAAACAACCAAACAAAGACAAGUCGAGUGUUCCAAACUGGAGUGAAAGAAAGCCUAUUGCCAACGCAAGUAAGAGGUCAAGCCAGGGGUUGUUCCGCCAUUCCAACAGAUUCCAAAGAUAGUUUCCCCCUCAUGGAACCCAGCCGCACUCCUCCUACCCGUUGGCUUCUCCCACGCUCAGGGUCCAGCACUCGCAUCGUGUUUAAGGUGAUUGCUCGGAUUAUAGAAAUAGUCCUAAUGAUAACUGUCGUGAACGCCACCAACACCGCCACCACCCUCUCUGUCACCAUGAUCGUCGUUAUCAUCAUCAUCAUCACCACCAUCUGUGUUUUCAAACAAUCUACAUGUGUUUAUAUAUCCUGCUAGAAAAUGGACGAAGAAGACCGAUGCCGUAUCCAAAACCUUCACGCUGAUCUCCAAGCAAAAAUAGCUAUCAUUUUUUAGAAGCAAUGUUUCCGUUUACUCUCUUCUUGAAAGAGCCACAACAUUCACACUAAUCGAUCCGUGUCCCUUGAAAACUUUCCCAAUCGUGCACCCUUUGACUUUUUCGACUCUGAUCAAACUUCCCCAAUUCCCCCACACCCCUAGCUCGCCCAAACGAACCCAUGAAGAUGUUGCAUACAUAGUAUUGAUGUCAAGUUCUGUUAUUCAUCCCGAAGUCUAGAGUGCAAUAACUUAGCGCAACAGUCCACAGCCAUUAUUGCUCUCAGAAGGUGCGACCAGGUCCUUGUUCCAGUUUCAUGGAACAUCCACCGACUUUUUGUCACCUGACCUCUCAUUGAGACUACAUUCGUCAACCCGAACUUCCCCCCCCCCCCCUUCCCCCCCCUUCGCCCCUUAAUUAUUCCGAUCAAUUACGACUCCUUUCCUCUCUGUCUGUCAAUCUACCUUCUUCUCUAUAUUUGUGCUAAGACAUAUGACUACAAUUGGCAUAAAAGCAAAUAAAAGUGGUUUGUUUUUGCUAAUAA